UAUUGACUGUGUAGAAAGACUUGUUUUUUCUUCCUGGGUUAAAUAGUGUUUGUUUCGGCAUAAAUUAAUAAAAUUGAACAAAUGCACGUCCAAAGCACACAGUGGUCUCAGGCAGUGAUAACGUAACGGCGGAAAAUAAACUUAUUUCGAGUAUUUGUUCUACGUACAGUAUAUACAAAUAUAAUAUACACAUACAUAUUUGAAAUGUGCAUGUAAUUUUUUUAAUAAAAAAAGGUUAACAGUAAAAAAUAAAACUACAACCCUAAAACAAGUUCAAACAAAUAAAACCACACAACGCAAAUAGAUAGCGAAAGUAGUACAACUGUUACCAACAUACAUAUAUUGCUCUCCAAAAAUAAAAAUGUGAAAAAGAAAAAAACGCGGAAUACGUGUCAAGCGAACUACAUACGUUCAACCUUACAGUAAACCCUCUGCUCUUCGGAGGGAGGAACUACCCUUAGAUCUCAAUAAAAAAAAUCAAGGGUGACAGCUGAAUCAUGCAGCCGUCAAAGUUGCUUGGACAGCGCCGAUCUGCAAGCUAUGUGUGUAUUUAAUUUAUAUAUACAAGUAAACACAAUAUAUUAAUUCAUAUACAUACAUAUGUAUGUAAAUUUCAAUAUAAAUUGUACAAAUUAUAAUUGCAAAUAUUUUGCAAAAUUUUCUCAAAUCAAAUCAAAAAAGUUUACGGAAUUUGGUGCGCUGUGCUAAUAUAAUAAAAUUAAUAAUGGACAGCUCAAUGGCUUUGGGUGUUUUUCGUAAUUUAACCACGGUCAAUAGUGCUGCUACUGUUAGCGACAUGGAUAUGGAAGAUAUGGACACCAUGUUUAAAUCAUCCACAAUACAGACCAUUAUGGAUAUCGACACAACCACUGCAACCAGCACCACAACAGCUGCACCGGAACCAUCGGUGUCGAUGAAUAAUUUCUAUCCUGCUUUAGUACAAUGUUUCGGCAUUAUCAUUUGUGGUUACAUAGCGGGCCGUUUCAAAAUCAUCUCAAAUUCGGAAACUAAGGGCCUUGGCACAUUCGUGGGCACAUUUGCAUUGCCGUCGUUGAUUUUUCUCUCGCUGGUCGAGCUUGAUUGGAGUACAGUGAAUUGGAGUUUUCUGCUCGCAAUGGCGCUAUCCAAGUCGAUUGUAUUCUUUGCUGUGCUUGUCAUCUCACUGCUCAUAACACGACCACUCAAUUAUGCGCGUGCCGGUGUGCUUAGUAUUUUCUGUACACAGAGUAAUGACUUUGCAAUUGGAUAUCCAAUUGUAAUGGCCCUGUACAAAGAUGUACAUCCGGAAUAUGCUUCCUAUCUGUAUUUGAUGGCACCCAUUUCACUGGCCGUACUCAAUCCUAUCGGUCUGGUGUUAAUGGAAAUCUCCAAAAUAAUGCAAACCAAAGCAGAGGCGGCACAAGUAACGCCCAUCUGCCCGGAUAAUUGCCCGGCAGAGCAGCUGACAAAGCGCACACGCUGUUUGGGCGAAAAGCAACUGUUGGUUUUACACACAAUCAAAUCGCUUUUCUUCAAUCCAAUGCUACUCAUGACGCUGUUGGGCGUUGGUGGCGCUUUUGUCUUUCCAAAUGGUCUACCCGAAAUGCUUGCAAGCGUUUUACGCGUUUUUGGUCAAUCUUUUUCGGCGACAGCGCUCUUUCUGUUGGGUUUGAAAAUUGUUGGUCAAGGUGGCUCAUUACGUGGUGCAGGCUUUUUACUACCCGGCAUUUUGAUAUUGGUUAAAAUUUUGGUAUUGCCAUUAGUGUGCCGUCAAACGGUCAACAUCAUGCAAGCGGGCACAGAUUUCAAUGAUACAACAGAGCUAAGCACUUUUGGCUUUUUAUAUGGUACAUUUCCGGCCGCACCGGGCGCAUUUGUUAUUGCCACACAAUAUAAUAUCGAAGUGGAGUUGGUCGCUACAGGCAUGGUGCUCUGCACUUUCAUCUCUGCGCCGCUAAUGUUCAUCUCAGCUAAAAUGAUUUCAUUAACAAAUUUGAAUCCAGUAGAUUAUAUACACGAACUGGAUAUAUUCUCCUUUGAUAUAAGUGUGGCUGGCGUGGCGGCGGCGCUUUGGGUGCUCAUACUCUUGAUUGUCACAAAACGCUUCAGACGUAUGCCUCAUCGCAUCACUUUUUGUUUGGUGCUCUCACAAAUGAUGUGUUGCAUGGCUAUAAUAAUUUGGGCUAAAUUCGAACAUGUCGAGAAAUGGUUGAUAUAUCUGCAAUUUUUCCUCUACAAUAUGGGCACGUUUAGCAGCCGUUUAUGGACUGCAAUAUUGGCGAUUUCAUUACUCUUCCUGCAGUGUCGUAGCUUGUGUUUUGUGCUCAAUAUGUGGCCGUAUAUGAUUGCUUUUGCCUGGGGUGUACCUGCUUUAAUAUCCGGUUUAUUAAUUGCCUUGGAUAGUAAGAUUUUAUCACCGGAUAAACACAAUCCCUGCUUUCAAUAUGGCACAGCGCAGGCUGCAGUCACUGUAUUUAUGCUUGUCAUGUGCUUCUUUGUAACUGUCGGCUGCUUGGUGAUGCAUCAACGCUACAAAAAACGUUAUGAGAAAUACUUGACAUAUACAAGAGAGUUAUCCAAUCCAGAUUCGGAACCUUCUGAACUACAAUCGACCAUAUCGACUGCGAAUUUGCUCACAAAUACCGAUGGCGCACGUCUCUCGAAUGGCAGCGUACCGGCACAGCGUCGUCGCUAUGGUUCGUACUCUUCGUCGGAUGACGAUGACGUCAUUUCAACAGCAGAUAAUGGCCCGAACACAAUUACAGGCGGCUGUAGUGGUGGCAAUGGCACAUGUUGCUCCAGCACUACCAGUCCGGCAACUACAACUGUUGUUGUAGACAUUGAAGACCUACUGGGACGUCGUGAUGCCGCUGCAAAGAAUGCUGCAGAUAGCUCGGUGCGUCAAAGAACCAUCGAUACAGCAACGACGCCGUCAACAGAUCAAUUUGAGGAUGAAAAUCUUGGCAUACGUUCGGGUAUUUGCAGUCCUGCUUUCAACUGUGGCGCUGGCACUUCACGUCAAAAUUGUCAAUCUAUCAUCGAACGUUAUCAAGAUCAGACACGUAGUGGCUUAGAACCAUUGGAAUAUGCCAACGAUGCUGAUGAAUAUCAGACUUUGAGGCAUACAGUAUUGCUGAUCCUUCUGCUCUGUUCAAUGUUUGUAGGCCUUUCUGUGUCGAUUUGGACGCUGGUGAUGGAUGGCAUGUCUGGCAUCUAUCUGGAAUUGAGUUUUCUCGAUGCUUUCUUAAAUUUCGGUCAAAGCUUAAUCGUGUUAGCUCUCUUUAUCACUGAUACCAGCGAGUUGUUGACGCCGUUUGUGAAGAUUUGGCGCAAAAUAUGGUAUGGUGCUAAUGUUCUCACUUUGCCCUUGUGGUCCAGUCUCAGUCCGGAAACGAAGCAUAUUUGUGAACAAUUCCGUAAUCAUCAUUUGGAGAAUUGCAAGAAAGAUAUUGCCAAGGAUAGAAGAUGGCGCAUUAGAGUUUACCGCAAAGUAUUUUACGGCACCGAAUUCGUAGAUUGGCUAAUCGAAGUUGGUCUAGCCAAGGAUCGUCUGGAGGCUGUGCAUUAUGCUAGACAUUUGGUGGAUGGACGUGUUUUGCGGCAUAUAAACAAUGUUUAUCACUUUGAAGAUAAACAACUACUCUAUAAUUUCUGUGCACGCUUGUAAAUUAUUACAACAACAAUCAAUACGAUAUAAAAAAACUAAAUGCUAUAUACGUACAUACAUAUCUACGUAUAAAGGAAUUUGUACCCCCGAUCGAAUUGAGCUUGCGAUUUAGAGCUUAAUACCUAAUAGCACGUAGUACUGUAACGAAGACAUAAUAAAACCGUUAGACGUGGUGCUGUGAUGCGUGUCAAAUGUUUUAAUAUUAUAUAAGUUCACAUAAGUACACAAGAUAUAUACAUUAGUAUAUGUAUAUUAUAAUUAUUAAACAAUUUAAUUGUAUAUAUUUUUUGAUGUUGAAAGUUACUGGCGUAAGCAGCCAUUUGCGUGAUUAACUUGACCGCAAUAUAAGUAAAUAUCUUAAUUCAUAAUUGAUUUACUACAUUAUAUGUCAAUUGCGGUUCAAUAUAGAAUUUUAAUAAAAAUUAAAAUUAUAUAUUAUAUGUAUAUAACUAGUCGUUCUAGUUUUUAAUUAUUAUUUAAAAAUCAUAUCACAAAGAAUUAUUAGCUUUCGAUUAAUUUUAAAUUAAUUGUUUAAUUUUUAAGUAUUUUAAUUUAGUUCAUAUUUUUAUUUGUGCAAAAAUUUUCAUAUACAUAUAUUUAAUUUUUGAUGUUUUGUACAUCUGUAUGUGUUUGUACACGCUAUACCAAAUAUCUAAUGUAAAUUAGGGAAUUACAGACAUACAUAUAUAGUAUGUGUAUAGGUUAAGUACGAAUAAGUGAUGCGUAUUUACAUAAAUCGAGUAGAAAAUGCAAAAGAAAAUUAUAAUAUGAAAACCAAUUGCUUAGCAUGUAGGUUUGUAUAACGAUGGAUUGUGAUUGCUUUUAAGCAUUAUUUUUGUAUGUCUUUUAAUUUGCAAGCGCAUGAGCAGCUAUUAUGAAAGUAUCAGGAAAAAAAACAUAGUUUUAUAAAGCAUUAAAAUUCAUAUAAAAUUAUACAAUAAAUUUGCUAUGGUCACAAAGAAGCUGAGAAAAUGUC